AUGUCAGCCUCUCCAUUAAACCAAAAAUCCCACAACCAUAUUCGUUCUAACAGUUUGCCUUUAAAACCUCACCCCGUGGUUCUACAAUGCAAUGAACACUUGUCUCGUUUUGGGGCCUCAGACGCCACUCUUUCUUCUUCACUGCUGAGCUUGAAACUCAAUAACCUUCAGGACUUGCAUGAUUCUAUUGAGAAAUUAGUCCAACUCCCCCUUACUCAAGAAGCACUUGUCCGGGAACAUCAAGAGAAAUGGUUAAAUGAGUUAUUGGAUGGAUCUCUAAGGGUCCUAGACGCAUGUACCUCAGCAAAAGAUGCCUUGCUGCACACGAAAGAGUGCACUCGGGAACUUCAAUCAAUUAUAAGAAGAAGGAGAAGAGGAAAUGAUGUGGAACUCGCAACUGAGAUUAAGAAAUUCUUGACCUCAAGGAAGGUAGUGAGGAAAGCAAUCUUCAAAGCCCUGGAGAAUCUAAAGGGAGUUUCUGCAAAUAAAUGCAGCCUAUCUGAUACAAACAAAGACUAUCAAACCAUGACCUUAGUUAGCUUGUUAAAGGAAGGUGAAGUGGUCACUCUUUCGAUAUUUGGGUCUUUGUUGAACUUCAUUUCAGGUUCAACACAACCAAAACCAAGCAGCUGGUCUUUGGUUUCAAAGCUAAUGCACAGCAAAAGGGUAGCUUCUGCACAAGGAGGAGAAGAUAAGAAUGAGUUUGCAAAAGUGGAUUCUGCAUUACAGUACUUUAUAUUUAGCAUGACAAGCAAGUCAAACAACACAAAUGAUCUGCAAAAUAAGUUGGAAAAAUUGGAAGCUUGCAUCCAAGACCUUGAAGAAGGACUUGAGUCACUUUUCAGGCGUUUGAUCAAAAUUAGAGUUGCCCUUCUCAACAUCCUUAAUUCCUAG